AUGAACGGCACUCCCCGCCUUCCGUCUGCUUUCCCCCAGACGCCCACGACGAUUCCAAGGAGAAGAAAGCUCUUUGAGACCCCCUCUCGCUCGCAACCUCGCGAUGUUCGCGCUCCAAAGUCGCCUAGCAGGUCCCCCGCCAAGGCACCCAAGCCGCUCCCAAACACAAACACGCCGCUCGUUCCUACGGACGUGAUCGAUGCGCCCUCGCAACGUCUCUAUGUGGUGGCUUUCUACUUUGCGCUCAACGCGUACCGGAUAUACGAAUCCUGGAAUGCCUCCGACGAGCUGGACUCGACGUGGUUGUUUUUGAAAUGGGUGUCUCUGGAUGGCAUUUUCUUGUUUGGUCUGCAAGCUCUGCGCAUACCUUGGCUAGAGUGGGCUUUCCCAACCACCUUGGCUCUGUUCUUAUUGCACGUCGUGGGCAAUGUCUUCCUUAUGUUCCGUAUCCCGAUUCCCUUGGGCGCAUGGCUCGGAGGCUUGGUCAAGGUAGCUUACGAUCGCGAACUGUCCAUCUCCGAGCGUAAGGUGAAGCCUGGCGAUAUUAUUCACAAUGCAUCGUUGAUUUUGGGAAAGCAAAUUGUGCACAUCUUGCCAGAAGGCUCUGCUGUUCUCAACCCUGAACGUGAGCCACUCUGUCUCGAUGCUCAGAAAAAUACCGUCUUCCUCCCCAUCCGAGUGAAUCAGACCGACCCGAUCCUCAUUGAAGUGUUGCGCCUCGAUCUACACACUGGCGAAAACGAGACCCUGACAAUUCCGGCCAAACAGCUUAAGCAGCUCAAGCGUCAAGCCGAGAAGAGACAUGCGACUUUGGACCCUGUCCCGCACCGGGAUCUGUUCUUCCCCGUGCGCAAGACUGGUAUCUAUCGUCUUCAGCGUGUGGUGGAUGAGUCUCAGCUGGAUGUUCGCACACGUACCUCGGAUGCGUUGGUGGUCACUUGCCCUCGUGCAUUGAUCAAGAACUCCUACACCGAUAAAUGCAGAGGAGAGCUUUCCAACAUCCUUCUCGAGGUUGAAGGUACACCUCCCUUGAAGAUCAAGUAUAGUCGGGAAGUCAACUUCCACGACCGCGGAGUCUCUUUCCAGAACGUUCAACCAGACAACUUGCGCACUCCGUUGUUGAACCAGAAACCAACAGGUGCGCUCUUUAGCAUCAACCAGCCGGACAUCUCCUGGGCCCAAAGCCAGAAGAUCGAUGUCCCUUUGAACGAAUCUUUGAAUGUGAACGGUGAAUGGUUCUACGCCAUUGAAGAAGUUCAUGAUGCCCUUGGUAAUGUCGCCAACUAUUCUUCCAUCUUCGAGGAUGGGGAACGGCCAUCUCCCAAGUCAUCGUCUCAGUGGCAUCAGUUGAUGAUCCAUGAGCGUCCCAAGGUGACUUUGUCUGGCUGCAAUGAGCAGCGCCCGCUGGAAGUUGCUCGUGGUGAUAGCGUCAACUUGCCGAUAAACUUCCAACAGACCACUAAGCCGUACGAUCGCGACGGCCCCUUCACUGUUACGUACUCUUACAGCGCCACCGGUGCCGAGCAAAAGGAAGGAGAUGCCAAGGAUAGCAUGACUGUCGUCCUGAAGACUCUGGAUCAGCAAACUCCCAUCAAAGAGCCAGGCUGGUACUCCUUGGCAUCGGUGUCCAGCCAGUACUGUCCAGGUGAAGUUCUGGAGCCUUCGUCCUGCUACCUGCGCAACCCUCCUGAACCAGAGUUGUCCAUCAAGUCUGAGAAGGUCUUCGACCGAUGCGCUAAUAAUGCCGUCGGUCUUCUUGUCGAUCUGGACCUCACUGGAUCCCCUCCCUUCCGUAUUCGGUACAGCACCGAAGGCCCGAAGGGGGUGCAGACCCAGACCAAGAUCAUCGAUGGCCUGCGAUCCCAGCUGGAUUUCACGCCGUCCGAGGCUGGCUCCUACCGGUACCGUUUCCUGGAUAUUGAAGACUCCGUUUACUCUCCUCGGUCUCUCAAGGACAAGGUCUCAGUCCUCGAGCAGGAUGUCAAGCCCCCAGCGUCAGCUCACUUCCUUGCUCCUAGGGACACCCGCAAGGCCUGCUUCGGCGAGUCUGUGUCCGUUGACCUGGCUUUCCUUGGAGAGGCUCCUUGGACACUCCAGUAUGAGCUUGUCCACAAUGGCAAGAGAACGAAACACACACUGGAGUCUGACACUGAUGUUGCUACUAUCACCACGGACAAGCUGGUCAGCGGCGGCGAGUACAGACUUGCACUGACUAGUAUCAAGGAUAAGUCUAACUGCAAACGCAACUUGAAGGAUAGCAUCAAGAUUGAUGCUCGAUCCAAGCCACCGCAUGUCUCGUUCGGCCAGAUCGACAAGAAGAGAACUAUCUCUGCCUUGGCGGGAUCUAGAAUCGAAAUUCCCUUGCGAUUGAGCGGUGAGAAGCCGUGGACUAUCAAGUACAAGAACGUGGAUGUCAAUACUUCGCCUUUGACGAAGACUUUCUGGGAUGAGAAUAGCCGUUUGGCCGUGGAUCGUGAGGGUCUCUACGAGCUCCUCGAAGUGUAUGACAAGUCCUGCUCAGGAUUUGUCGAUCAAUCUGCCAAGGAGUUCGAAGUAUCCUGGAUUCCCCGGCCCCAGGUUACCGCCGUGGACGGUUCUCCCGUGGUGAAGGGCGAAUAUGCCAAACCUGAAGUCUGCCAGGGUGACGAUGAUAGCCUUGAGCUCCGCCUGUCUGGCAGUCCUCCGUUCAGCCUUCAAUACGAACAACGCCGGAAGUCAGACCGUGGACAGGCCUCUGCCCGCUCGAAGACUAUCAAAACCGCUCUCAACUCGGCUUCCAUGGAAAUGGAUACUUCCGAGCCAGGUCAAUACACCUACAAGUUCAGUGAAGUGGGUGACAACCUUUAUGACUACGACCCGAAGAGCAGUGGUCUCUUGGUCACUCAAAAGGUCAAUUCGCUUCCAUCCGCCAAGUUCGACUCCCCGGGACACAUCUACGGCUUCUGCAAGGAGGAUGCUACUGGCGAGGAGACUAUUCCCAUCACCUUGGAAGGUGUACCUCCGUUCUCGCUGGAGAUUGUCAUCAAGCACCACUCCAACGCUAAGCCAGAGAUUGUCACCAUUCCCAAGAUCAACUCCAACCACCAUAACCUGCCUCUUCCUCGUCGCCACCUCGAUCUGGGCCAGCAUGUGGUCAGUAUCCACAAGGUUCGUGACUCUCGCGGCUGCCAGAGAACCACCGAGUUCGAUGCCUCCUCUGUCCGUGUCGCUGUUUCGGACGUCCCUACGAUCAUCCCUCUCGAGUCCAAGGUAGACUACUGUGUUGGCGAACGUCUGUCGUUCUCCCUCUCCGGACACGCUCCCUUCGACGUUUUCUACACGUUCAACGGUGUGCAACGGAAGGCUACGUCUCCAAACACCAACUUCCGUCGUAUUGCGGAGCGUCCUGGUGAGUUUACCAUCACCGCCGUUGGUGACGGGGCUAGCGGCAAAUGCAAGGCCCACAAGGAUAUCACCAAGGUUAUUCACGAGAUGCCCAGUGUGCGCAUCAGCCAGGGUCAGGUGUCCGUGGUCGACAUCCAUGAGGGUGGAGAAGCUGAGCUGAGCUUUGAGUUCUGGGGCACGCCGCCAUUUGAAUUCACGUACAUUCGCAGCACCAAUGCCCGCAAGGGUAAGAAGUCGGAGGUUCUUGAUAUCAAGCACGAUAUCUCCUACGAGCACAAGAAGACGAUCAAGACUUCGGACGAAGGUACCUACGAGGUCGUCGCCAUCAAGGACAAGUUCUGUUCCUUUUCCUCUCAGGUACCGACGGGCAAGUCGGACCGGAGCAGUUCAUGA